UGCAGGUUCAGAGUAAGUGUCCGUCCUGCCUCUCGGCUCCUCUGGUUUAUUUUGAGCUGGUCUUAUCACAGCUGUUGUCUCCGUGUCUCCCAGCCGUCCCCGGCCCCUCCACUCUCUUCUGUUUCCCACCCCGGCCCUUGCUCCUGCUCAGAUGAUGGAGGACUGUCCUGCAGCCGUGGCCCCCGAGGCGCCUCAAGCCGAGGGCCUCCACAUCGACCUGACAGAGGAGCUGGCCCAGCAGCUGGAGGACAUCAUCAGCACAUACCAGGCGGACGAGUCCCCCGCGGAGCCGGAGGACACGGAGGUCACUGCCGUCAGAGAGACCGGCAGCCGCAAGGAGCAGAAACUGGAGAAGAAGAUGUUGAAAAACCUCGGGAAGGACGCCAUGCUGCUGAUGCAAAGUCUCAACAAACUCAACACUCCGGAGCAGAAACUGGAAGCUGUGAUCAAGAAGCACGCGGAGCUGCUGGAGGAGCACCGCAGCGACCAGAAGCAGCUGAAGGUGCUGCAGAAGAAGCUGCUGCAGGCGAUGAAGGAGAAGGAUCAGCUGCAGAGCGAACACAGCCGCGCCGUGCUCGCACGCAGCAAACUGGAGGGGCUCUGCCGAGAGCUGCAGAGGCACAACAAGACCCUGAAGGAAGAGACGCUGCAGAGGUGCAGAGAGGACGACCUGAAGAGGAAAGACAUCACGACCCACUUCCAGGGGACGCUGAGCGAGAUUCAGGCUCAGAUCGAGGAGCACAGCAGCAGAAACACCAAACUGUGUCAGGAGAACAGCGAGCUGGCAGAGAAACUGAAGGGGCUCAUCACACAGUACGACCAGCGAGAGGCGAACCUGGAGAAGGUCUUCAAACACAGAGACCUGAAACAGAAGCUUAUGGAAACAAAGCUGACGCAGGCCAACAUGAUCCUGAAGGAGACGGAGGAGAAGCACAAGCUGGAGAAAGAGCUCCUGCUGAGGCAGACGGCCGAGUUUAAAAUGAAAGUGAAGGUCUUGAAGCAGCAAGAGAACGACAUGAAGACGCAGCUGGAAAUGUACUCGGAGAAGUUUAGUGAGUUCCAGGGCACGGUGUCGAAGAGUAACACCGUCUACAGCACCUUCAAACUGGACAUGGACAAAAUGGCCAAGAAGAUGAAGAAGCUGGAUAAAGAGUGUCAGUCCUGGAAGAGUCGCUUUGAUGGCUGCAACAAGAGUCUCCUCGACAUGGUGACAGACAAAGCCAUCAAGGAAAAGGAGUUUGAGCUGGUCACCACGAAGAACCAGAAGCUGGAGAGUCUGUGCCGCGCUUUGCAGGAGGAGCGGAAGAGUCUGCAUGAGAAGGUGCAGGGGGCCGCCAGUCCACCAGACACCAACACCACUGAGCCCACGGAGAAGGAAAGAAGCCCCGAGGAGCCGGAGACCCCGACAGAGGACGCCCCCCCCGUGCAGAAAACUGCAGCUCCUGCACUGACCCCGACACUGCUGACCAAGGAGCUGGCUAAACUGAAGGCGGAGGAGAGCCGCCUGAAGGAGAUCGCCGGCUCUUUCACCAUCUCUCAUGUCAUCCCCACAGAAACAGACGUUAGCCAAUCACAGGGGCUCUCUGAGGGCGGCGAGGAGCCGCAGGAGGAGCACACAGAGGAGGACGGACACCUCCAGGAGGGCAAACACCUCCAGGAGGACGGACACCUCCAGAAGGACGGACACCUCCAGGAGGACGGACACCUCCAGGAGGACGGACACCUCCAGGAGGACGACGGCUGCCAACAACAGAGAGACCUGGAGAUGGAGUCUGUUGAUUAAUGCUGCGACUAAUAAAAUAAAUGUGUGAGAUUCAUCAAUAAAAAAUAAGAAAUCUG